AUGCCUGGGGCUAUAGGUAUUCUAGGUCUUGUAAAUACUCAGGAUGCUCUUUUCAAAGCAAUAUUCAUGGAAAGGAGGCUCUCUAAGCAUAAUUUGAAGGAGGUUUCAAUAUCCGCAAUUGUUCUUAAAGUGAUGGAUGAGUCCGUUUCUGUUAAGGAUGGCGGGCUCGUUGUGUUAGGUCUUACCAGGAUUUUUGUAAGGAAGCUAAAAUACCUACAGGAUGAAUGUAGUGACACUGUUCACAAAAUCUAUCAGAAGGGCGGGGAUAGAGGAAGAGGUCUUAAGCAGCCAUCCUCAAAGGGGAUAACAUUGGGGUUAGACCUUGAAAGCCUUUAUAUCGAUGACCAAAUGAUAAGUCCUGAAGAGUUUGUGAUUCUUCCGGAGGAGGAUAAUGAUUGUGAUGCCCACGAAGGUGUAGAUUUCAGCUUUAAUGAAUUCAAUGAUAUUUCUCAUGUUGAAGAAGGUAGAUUUGAAGGUGAAGAUAACACUAGAGUUUCUACAACUACAGAGGUCACUCAGAUUCCUUUAGGGGAGCGUAGAGAGAAAAGAAGGAAGAUUAUCGAGGAUUCUGAGCUGGAAUUUGAUGCUCAGGUGUUUAGAGAGAAUCUUAGAAACACAAGGGAUAUAGUAUGUAAGGAAAAGGCCCUUGAUAUAAGGGAUGAGCUUGCCUCUAAGCUUUCGAUUGCACCUGAGAUAUUAUCUAGGAUUUGCCAUAGGGAGAUACAUCCAAGGGAAAGUGUAGAAGGAGCCCGUGACCUAACACUAUUAGAGUCCUACGGGGACAUUAGCUUCGGUGAUCAGGUUGUUGAAUCACAAGCAUCUGAGGAAAUCACUAUUGAAGAAAGCCUUGAUGUAGAGAAACUACCUGAUAGAUUUAUUUUCAACGAACUUACUAUUGGGCAUAGUAGACAUGAGAAAGGUAGAAUGUUUUUGUCACUCCUAAAACUACUUGGGGAUGGAGUCUUGCAAGCAUACCAAGACCGUUCUUAUUCUAACAUAGAGUGCAGGGUUUUAUAA